AUGAGCUCUCCAAAUGCAACUUUACCCCAGCAGUUUGUUUCUUUUUCCGAUAAUUUUCUCGAGAUUCUUAUCAUGGGACUGGUCUCCACCCUUGGCACUAUUUUCGGUCUCGUCGCAAUGAUCGUCGUCUAUCGGAAUCUGUUCUUAACUGGCAUUGUUCGGCAUUACAUCCUCAUCGAUGUGUUCAGUCUCUUUUCGAUGAGUUUCGUGUAUCUGAUUUGGGGGGUGCCAAGUGGAAUUUGGCACUUCAACGAAUCGUUUCCUGUUAUCGAGAACCUCUUGGGAAGUGUCGCCUAUGCUGUGACGGCAAGCGCCUACAAUGCGAGGGUACUCCUCGGUGUCAAUCGUUUUUUCGCUCUCGCUUUUGAGGGACGCUUCUUUUUCCCUUUCGAGCGACUCAACCAUUUGCAAUACUUUGUGUUAAUUGUUUAUUCUCUACUCAAUUUUAUUUCAUCGUUUAGACAUGGCCACGAAUGCCCUCACAAUGAUCGGUUCUCUGGGGUUCAAGUUCUCGAACAGACUCCUGCCCUCAUCGUUUGCAAAAUUUCUCGGCGGCACCACUGUCAUGCUCGUAUGCAAUUGGCUCUCAAGAAUUUCAAAAUUAAUGUCGUUGAUCGUAGUGAUUUCAACAUUUAUCAACAACAAUCUCCCAAUUUGGACACCUAUUUUGAGACGGUGAUGGAUCGACCGGUUUUCAACAAUUGUCGAGCAAUUGUCGCGUAUUCCGACCACUUUCGCUACAAGGCUUUAUCGAAAACGAAAGCCAUCUCGAUGUCGAAUACAAAUUUGAAU